GUUAAUUUAUUGGUUUAAUCGAUACAUUAUACAGGGACAGAGAUAGAGAUAAGUGUGAGAGUAGAGAGCACGGAGCAAGAAAUGGACGGACGAGCAAGGGAACGAGAAAUUUUACUCUUCUAGGGCUAGUUUAGGAAUCUCAUUUUGUCAAGGGAUUUUCAUUUUUCCAAGGGAUAAUUAAAAUCUUUUGGGAAAACGUUAUUCUUUAGUUUAGAAACUCUAUUUUCUCAAAAGAUUUCUAUUUUUUAAGAGAAAAAAUGAACUAAUUUUUCUUAGAAAAACGAGGUUUCGAUACAUAAGUAAGUUUUGUAUAGAGAACGGAGACGAAAGCAACCAAAAGUAGUCCUACUCCGUUUCCUGAUUUCCUCCGUCUCAGAAAAAAGGAGGGGAAAAUAAAGGCUGGUCACUGGGCACCGCACACGGCAGCAACCCAGACCCAGCACGCUUCUGCUUCCACUCCACUGAGUUGGCCUGCCGCCUGCUCCUCCUCGGCAACGCGUCGUGGCGACUGGCGACCAAGGGAUAAUUGGAGCCUUGACCGCCCUCCCCCUCCCAGCGUGCGCACGCGUGCAGGCGUCUGGCCGGCGUAUCCCUCGUCUGUUUGAACGCAAGACGGACGGCGGCGCCGCGCUCGCCGGGUUGCAGCCUCACAUCCGCAUCGCAUCUAACCAUCCACGGCCACGGGCAGGCCGUCGGGCACCGCGUGCGCGCGGUGGUUGGUCUGAAUCCGGCAAAGCACGAGCGCGCGCGCGAGCGGGGCAGGCGGGCACGAGCGCGCCUGCGGUCCUCGACGCGGGGCUGUCGGCCAGCGCGCACGCACCAGCCCCGGCCGCGCCCACGCUCGCUAUGGCUACUGUACUCCCUUGUCUCCCAAACGACGCCGCGCCCGCCAGGCUCUCCAGAGCCCUGACGCCUCCUCCUGCAGAAGAGAGAGAGAGAGAGAGAGAGAGAGAGAGAGAGAGAGAGAGAGAGAGAGAGAGAGAGAGAGAGAGAGAGAGAGAGAGAGAGAGCACCCGCACGUAUUCGUCAAGGAACAUCACACCGACGAGCCCGUGGCUUUCGCUGCGUGCAUCAUGUGGUUGGAGACCGGCGCGGAUAGGUAGAGUGAGGGGGAAGCCGCCGGCAUGCAGCGGCGGUCGCCAGCUUUCCUUGCGCCGGACGCGACCGCCGCCUUCCGUUGCACGGCUCCACCUGCACCUCCCGGCCGUUGCCUCUUCCUUUUUUCGCAAGAUUUUUGACACGUUCCACCGCGGGCGUUUGGCCAAUCGGUCCCAGUUGCCAGUCGGUCCGAAACACGGCUGGUUUUGGCCCCCUGUUUAUCGGAUGCGAAGAAGAAGAAGAACAAGAGCCCGGCACGCACACGGUUUCGCUUAAACCGUCGACGGAGCAGGGCUUGCAGAGCGCAGGAGGGAGGUGGUCUCGCGUUUUCUUCUCCGUUUUGGUGCUGCUAAUGGUCUUCUGUAGGCAGCCGACCCGAGACAGGCUUCUUUGCUUCUUCGGUCGGUGUUCCUUCUCCGCUUCGUCUCAUCGCGUCUCCUCCGUACGGCAAGGAGCACAGCAGAGCGUGUCCUGAGCCAGCACAGCAGGGACAUGGCACAGUGUCGUGUCGCGUGUUUAACCUCCCGUUUCUUUGGUUAUAUUUGUAUGUAUUGCAUGCUUCUUGGGCUGUAAUGUAAAUAGUGCGCGGAACGGCUUUUACUGUGACGCCUGUCCCUGGGCCCUGGCACGUUAGUGUUCGUACGGCCCACGGACUAGCUGUGUAGUAUUUCUGGCGGCCAAGCCAAGCAAGAGCAAGCAUCUCCCCCCUCCCUCGUCUCUCUGAAGCAGGACAGCGGAACCAGUUCUUGCGCGGCCUUCUGAUCUCCGUCCUCUGCUCAGAUAAAGCUCUCGGAGCUCCUGCGCGAAACCUCCGACGCUCACCGUCGACCAAGACGCCGCCGCCUGUAGCAGAUUUCAUGGCGCUGCAAUCUCUCUUCCCCGAUAUCAUCCGAAUGUCAAAAUAGGAGGAGCCGCAGUUUGAGGGUUUCCGCGCUCCGGGAAGGAUGGGCAGGCCAAGGGGAGGGAAGGCUAAACGGCCGACGUCGCAAGCUAACCACAGCGAGGAUGCUGACGCCGGCAGCGGCGGCGAGGAGGAGGCCGUGACCGUGACGCCAGCCUACAAGAGGAGGGGGCGGCCGCAGAAGCACCACACGGCUGACGACACCGACGACGAGGAGGACGACGCUGCCAAGGCCGAGCCCAUGGAGGACGCGAAGCCGGCCGUGGUCUCGCCGGAGAGCGGAGGGAAGAAGAAGAGGCGGCGGCGGCGGCAACAGCAGCCCAAGCGCGGCUGCGACCCGGCGACCGAGGAGGAGAAGGACGACGAGGCCGCGAAGCGGAGCGGCUUCCGGCAUCACGGGAGCCGCCGGAAGAGCACCCCGCGCCGAGCUGCCGAGGCAGGCGUGGAGUGCAGGUGAGGUCUCUGCUUAGAUUUGGCCAUGCGACCGUGCGAGUCGUGGCGGGUUGUGUUUUCGACUUCUUUUCAUUUUUGCCCUGCUUCUUUCUGCAUAGAUCAAGCUUCCAGUAGCAUGAGAGUAUGUGUGAGCAACUGAGCAUGCUAUAUAUGAGCUCGUUAUUAGAAUGCGAACAGUAAACGCUUGAUUGGUUGCUGAUUCUGCUGCGACCUUUGCCUAUGCCAUUUCUUGUUCAUCUCA